UAGCUGUGAAGGAAACAGAAAUAACAAGUCAAAAGCUGCAGGAAUCGUCUUCCUCCUCCUCGUCAGAAGAUGCUGAUGAUGAAGAUUCCUCUGAAAGUGGGACAGAGGAGAUGGAUCAGAGUCCUGUUAUUAAAGUCACUCAUCAGAUAAUAGAUGAUAGCACACCUAAUGAGAUCAAAAAGAAAGCGUCGGAAGAUGAAUCAGAAGAUGAGGAUGAGGAUGAUGAAAGUGGUGUUUCUGAUUUGGAAGAUCUUGAUCCAAAGGAAAAAAAGAAAAGAGAAAAGGAGAAAGAAAAGGAGAAAGAAAAGAAGGAACGAGAGAAGCAGAAACAACUUGAAAAAGAGAGAAAGGAAAAGGAGAAAGCAGAGAAAGAAAGGUUGAAACAAGAGAAAGAAGAGGAGAAGAAACGGAAAAAAGAAGAAGAAUUAAGAAAGAAAGAAGAAGAAAAAAAGAGAAAAGAGGAGGAAAAGAAGAAACGAGAAGAAGAGAAGAAGAAAAUUGCUGCUGCGAAGAAAGCAAAAACAAAGACAAAGAAAAAAGAAUUUGAAGAUGAAGAAGAGUCAGACGAUGAGGAUGAGGAAGAGGAAGAUGACGAGUCAGAUGAGGAAUCAGAAGAGGAAAAACCUAAAAAGAUGAUGAACCAAAAGAAGGGCAAAGAAGAAGCCAAAAAAGCAAAGGCCAAAGAAGAAACCAAAAAGAAAGAAGCAGCUAAAAAAAAGAAAAGAGUUCAGGAAUCUGAAUCCGAGGAUGAUGAAAGUGAAGAAGAAGUUCCCAAGCCUAAAUCCAAGGAUAAAAAAACCACAGAUAUAUUUGGUAGAAGCAAGGCUGCUCCCAAAAAAAUUGAAGAAUCUGAAGAUGAUGAUGAUGAUGAUGAGUCAGAAGAUGAAGAAGAAGUUUUAAAUAAAAAGAAAGAUAAAGAAAAGUCCACUCAGCAGGAAUCACCUUCCAAGAAACAGAAUCAAACAGAGUCAGAAAAAAAGAAACAGGAGGAAGCUGCAGCAGCUAAGCAAGCACAAUCACAAGAAAAAAGCAAAACAUGUGUCAUACUCUAG